GUGUGACUCUCCGGUUGAGGUUCCCGGCUGUGCAGCGUGCAAAAAGGAAUCUAGGGAGAGAAAGAAAGAAGUUAGGAGUGAGAGAGAAAAAGAGAGGGAGAGUCAGACCAAGAGAAGAAAGAAGUCGCGGAAAAGACGCCGGGGUAAUCCUAAGAACAGGCGCCAGUUGACCUGAAUAUCCAAAAAAUAUAUCGUGUGAAGUGUGUGACAGAGUGACGCCGUCCAACCUCUUAAUGCGGACGAACUCUGGGUGUUGCGGGUGUUCCUUGUCGUGUGUGCACAUUGUGUCUCUGUUCCUUGAACCUCCAUUGUCGACAAUCCGGCGAGUCCAAGUGUCCACAAGAGCUACCGGUACAAGUAUCUAAAUUUUCGUACUCCCCUAAAUCAUCGUUAUUCAUUCACUCUCUAAUUCAGUAACUUCGCGACGACGCUAGUUGAUUCUUAGAACAACCAACACGGCGUGCAAACUCGAAGCAAGAGCACAAUGUCUUCAGGAGCAGGAUCCAGUGGUACAGGAAGAGGAAGAGGAUCAUCUUUGGCAGAUAAUAAACCUGAAAAUAAAGAAGCUAAACCCAAUCCUAAAAUGUCAAAAGCUUUAGGAACUUCAGCUAAAAGGAUACAAAAAGAAUUAGCUGAAAUUACUUUAGAUCCUCCACCAAACUGCAGUGCAGGUCCAAAAGGCGAUAACUUAUACGAGUGGGUGUCUACCAUUUUAGGCCCUCCCGGUUCAGUUUAUGAGGGUGGUGUAUUCUUUUUAGAUAUUCAUUUUUCACCAGAAUAUCCUUUUAAACCUCCCAAGGUCACCUUUCGAACACGUAUAUAUCAUUGCAACAUUAAUAGUCAAGGAGUUAUAUGUCUUGACAUCCUUAAGGAUAAUUGGUCGCCAGCUUUAACGAUCUCAAAAGUCCUUUUGUCUAUUUGCUCCCUAUUAACAGAUUGUAAUCCAGCUGAUCCAUUAGUCGGCAGUAUAGCAUCACAGUAUCUUCAAAAUCGAGAAGAACACGAUCGCAUAGCUCGGCUCUGGACCAAACGGUAUGCAACAUGAGCUUUUAACUUACAAUUACACGAAACUCCUAUCAGACUCAUGCCAAUUUAUCAUCCAUUGCGCUGCUCCCACAAAGCUUUUUUUAAUGCAUCUUGUGUGUAUGCGCGCAAAAUACGUUCCUAAACACAAGUCUUAUGUGCUUGUGUUUUAAACCUCAUAAUAAGGAUCUAAAAAGGUUAUAAAAUACACAAAAUAAAUAAACUUAUCAUAAGAGAGGAAUAGACAUGUGAUGAAUGAAAAGAUGAAUGAGUGAGUGUAAGUCAGAUAAUUGUGAAUUUAUUUGUGAAUGAGUAAAAUAAUUAAAUGUACUUUUUAUUUUUGUUUUUUUUUUACCAUAGUAUGUGAGGGCAUGAGCUGGGAGUUUAUAAAAGUAAUUAAUAGAAUAAGAACAAGUAAGCGAUAAAAAUUAUAACACAUAAUAGUAUGAAUUGGAAAUAUUUCAUGUAGUAUUUUAAGAUGCUUGGUCGUUAGUUAUAAAAUGGUAAUGUAAAAGUCAUCUACGAUCAAUCUUCAUAAUAGUAGAUGUCACAAAAACGAAUUACUUUAAUAAUAAUGAAAUUAAUGAAAAGAAGGAGAGAUUAAUUAAAUGAAAGCCAAGUAAAAUAAAUUGUAAGUAAAAAUGAGAUAAUAUUGAAAUUUGAAAGACUAAGCUUUCAUUUAUCUUGUGACAGUUUAAAAAAACAAUAGAACUUUAUUUUUGUCAACUUAAAAAUUUUAUAGUAAUCUCAAUCGUUUCGAUAGAUCCAAUUUCUCCCUCUCGUGAAUAAAUAUUUUGACCGUUUGAUUUUUUAUUUGUUUAAAUUGCUAACGAGCAACACAUUCAUAAAUUGUGAUUGUAAAUAAGUAUAAUUUUUGUAUAUUUUACAAUAUAAAAAUGAUCAUAGAAAACCGAUAUUACAAACGAUUUCAUCUAAUAGAGAAAAAGGCGAUGUAAUUACGAUAAAAUUGAUACGAUUUUUUUAUAAUUCUUACAUGCAAACAAUUCGUUUUUUUUUUUUACUUAUUUAAGAAUUUUCAUUAUCUUACCGUAAUUAUUAUUAUUAUUAUUGAAAUGAAAACACAUUGGUGUAAAUUGUAAAUCAUUAUCAUUAAUGCAAUGUUGAAAAUAAAUGUAAACAGAAAAUCACAUCAUCAUUGAUAAUUUAAGUUUUUAUGCAAUGCUUUUCAUUUCAUUUUAAUUCACUGAAACUCUUAUUGAAAAUAAUACCGAUAAUAGAUUGUAGAUUGUAACGUAAACAAUAAGUAAUGGAAUGACUGUAUAAUGAUUAAUGAGUGUGAUUGAUUCGUAGCCUGAAUGAUUGGAAAAAAAUGAAAUAUUUUGUUUUAUAAUAACGAAAUACGACUUCCCAGUAUGGCUGAUUUUUGUUAGCCAUUAAUUUUUUUCAAUUAAAACAUUUAUUUACAUUAUUAUAUUGACUAUCAAUUUAUUAAUUGAUAUACAAAAUCAUGAAAUGAAGAAAAUGCUGAAUAAUCAAUUAGUUAAUUAUUACCAUUAAGUGCUCUCGUAGAAAUAAUCAACGAGUUACUAUCAAGUCAAAUAAUACUUUUCUGUAAAUAGUCCACUCUCGUACUAGAUAUUUGCUUUAAACUGCUAUAAAAUUAAAAGAUAAAUGAUAGCCGAUUUUUCAAUACUAAUAACGAAAUCAAGAGUAUAUUAAUGGUAGUAAUUGAAGAAAAAAAGUUAUUAAAUUAAAAAUGAUAACUGUAAUAACAAUAUUAAUAAAUAAUAAUAAUAAUAAUAAAUAAGUAAUAAUUGAAUGAAUAAUAUUAAUUAUUUAAGUAAUAUUAUUAGCAGUAGAGAAACAAGUCCGCCUUUAUGCAGAGCCUUGUAUAGAUUAUUCUACAAAUCUUAAGGCGUCCAAGAAGGGAUUAAGUAUCAAAAUAAAAUAAUAAAUAGUGAAAAACAGAAAAUACAAAAAAAAAUUGUCAUAAAAAAUUUUUAAAUGUAUCAGACGUGUAAAUAUCUCCAUGCGUGGAGUUAUGCUUUGUGAAGUGGAUGAAUCCACAUAUCUUUUCGAUGUCCCAAUUGAGUGGCAAUGAUGAAUAAACUAUAAAAAAUUGAAGUAUGGGUAUAUUAAAAAUAAGUGUGUGGAAAAGAAUAAAAUAAAGAAAAUGAAAAAUAA